AUGGCGGAGUGCUUGGCUGCACGCUUGGCCAGCCAGGAGGAGCAAAUUCGGCUCCUCUCCCAGGAAAUAUCAACUCUCCGGGAUGGACUGAGUAGAGGUCUGGAUGCCGGCGGGGUGACGGGGGUUUCCCCUGAACUGGAGAACCUGAGGAGCGAGAAUGAGAAGCUCCAUUAUCGGCUGCUGCACCUCCGGCGGGGUCUGCAGGCGGAGCUGGAGCUGGAGGAGGCGCAGGGCAAGAAACAACAAGCGGUGAAGUGUAGCAAAGCUCCGGACAGCAACGCCGUCAAAGGGCAACAGACAAACAGCCAAGCCGAUAAAAAGGUGGCAACCCCGGAUACCAAAGCAGGUGACAGGAACAAGAGGGAGAAGAAGCAGGAUAAGGGACAAGGAAGCGGGGGUGUGAAAAAGCAGAGGUCGUUGCCUGGGUUUGUUGCAGAGCGCCUCGGCCUCUAUGAGGAGCUGAAGAAGGAGAGUGAUGCCCUGCUGGCAAAGAGAGCUGCGGAAAGCAAGCCCAUCACUGUGGAGCUGCCCGACGGACGUAAUGUGGCGGGCAAAGCUUGGGUCACCACACCAUACCAGUUGGCCUGUGAUAUCAGCCAGGGCCUGGCCGACAACGCUGUGAUUUCUCGGGUUAAUGGGGAGCUUUGGGACCUGGACAGACCCCUAGAGCAGGACUGCUCUCUUGAGAUUUUGCGCUUUGACAAUGAGGAUGCUCAGGCUGUGUAUUGGCACUCCAGUGCUCACAUCCUAGGGGAGGCAAUGGAACAAUUUUAUGGAGGUUGUUUGUGUUAUGGACCCCCGAUUGAGAACGGUUUCUACUACGACAUGUUCCUGGAUGGACAGAAGGGAGUAUCCAGCACUGAGUUUGGGGACCUGGAGACUUUGUGUAAAGCUGUGGUGAAGGAAAAACAGCCCUUUGAGAGGCUUGAGAUCAGCAAGGAGACACUGUUAAAGAUGUUUAAGUACAACAAAUUCAAGUGCCGUAUUCUGAACGAGAAAGUCAACACCCCUACUACUACAGUCUACAGAUGUGGGCCCUUGAUCGACUUGUGCAGAGGCCCUCAUGUCAGGCACACAGGCAAGAUCAAGGCCAUGAAGAUUUACAAGAACUCUUCAACUUACUGGGAGGGCCGCUCCGACAUGGAGACUCUUCAGAGGAUCUAUGGGAUUUCCUUCCCAGACUCAAAGAUGCUGAAGGAGUGGGAACGUUUUCAGGAGGAGGCCAAGAAUAGAGACCAUCGCAAGAUUGGCAAAGAUCAGGAGCUGUUCUUCUUCCAUGAUCUCAGCCCUGGCAGUUGCUUCUUCAUGCCACGUGGAGCUUACAUCUACAACACACUCACCGAGUUCAUCAGGGAUGAGUACUGGAGAAGAGGCUUUCAGGAAGUAGCCUCCCCCAACAUCUAUAACAGCAAACUGUGGGAGACGUCUGGCCACUGGCAGCACUACAGCGAAAAUAUGUUCUCCUUCCCUGUGGAGGAUGACAUCUUUGCCCUAAAGCCCAUGAACUGCCCUGGGCACUGUCUGAUGUUCAGCCACAGGCCUCGCUCGUGGAGGGAGCUCCCUCUGAGGCUGGCAGAUUUUGGGGUCCUCCACAGGAAUGAGCUGUCAGGAACACUUACGGGGCUGACCAGAGUUCGGCGUUUCCAGCAGGAUGACGCUCACAUUUUCUGCACGAUGGAUCAGAUCGAGUCAGAGAUGAAGGGCUGUCUGGACUUCCUGCGCUGUGUUUACAAUGUGUUUGGAUUCUCCUUCCAGCUGUACCUCUCCACCCGUCCUGAGAAGUAUCUGGGUGACAUUGCUGUGUGGACCCGCGCUGAGAAGCAACUGGAGAACAGCCUGAAUGAGUUUGGGGAGCCAUGGAAACUCAACCCUGGAGACGGUGCUUUUUAUGGACCUAAGAUUGACAUUAAGAUCAAAGACGCAAUUGGACGUUACCACCAGUGUGCAACCAUUCAGCUGGACUUCCAGCUGCCUAUUCGCUUUAACCUGACCUUUGUGGGGAAGGAUGGGGAUGACAAAUCCCGACCAGUCAUCAUCCAUCGUGCCAUCUUGGGCUCAGUGGAGAGAAUGAUUGCCAUUCUCACUGAGAACUAUGCAGGGAAAUGGCCUCUGUGGCUCUCUCCACGUCAGGUGAUGUUAGUACCUGUCAACCCCUCCUGUGAGGAUUACGCCAAGAGGGUGUGUAAGGAGUUCACAGAAGCUGGUUUCAUGGCAGAUGCUGACCUGGACUCGAGCUGUCUUCUAAACAAAAAAAUCCGUAACGCUCAGUUGGCCCAAUAUAACUUCAUUCUUGUGGUCGGAGAGAAAGAGAAGAUGACUAACAGCGUCAAUGUGCGCACGAGGGACAACAAAGUCCACGGAGAACUGUCAGUUGCCGAGGUGCUGGCCCGCCUGACCCUGCUCAAACAGUGCCGCUGUCCAAACGCAGAGGAGGAGUUCUGAUCAAGACAAAGAACAAUCCAGACUCUUGAAUUGGAAUACCUCAACUACAGUCAGACGAGCAGUAAACAGACAAGUGAUGGUACAGUGAAAGUGUAGUGCAUAGAGCAGAAAUCAAACAGAGGAACCAAUGAACUGUUUUUCUGUAAGCAGAUGUGAUGAAUGAAAAGCCUACUGAUCAUGUGUGAAGGACAAGUUUGUGUACGUGGUGUGACUAUUGAAUUAUGUAGCUGAAGUCUGUCUGAAGGGAAGUUACUUGAUUAAUUGAACGAAACUGUGAUCAUUGUCAUGAUGAAGGUUAUGUGAAUUUGGCACUGAUUUUUCACAAAGGCCUGCCUCUGUGGGAAACUCCAGAAAUAAAAACAAAAUCAAUUGA